AUGAUCAUCUCAAAGCGAUUGCAUGUGAAUAAGCAGGAGUCUGAGGGGCCAUUAACGGCUUUCAUUGAUGAGGCUUGCUCUUCAGAUGAAGCCGGGUUGACCAGACUACUUAACGCCAAUCUCAAGUGGGAGCGACCAAGAGGAGAUUUGAUCACAUGGGUCAAGCUUCUCAAUCACAUUGACGACAUAUUCGAGAAGAAAAUUGCCAAUUAUGGAAUGGAUGCUCCAAACCCAAGACUAGUCGUGAUAUCUCCAGACGACACCAGUCUUCUUACCGCUUGUUUGAACUUCACCAACACACUUUUGGAACAUUGUCUCAACAGAAAUAUCUAUGGAAGUUCCGAAAGAAUCUAUCAAUUGAUCUUGACACCGACGAUAGACGUCAAACUAGCAGCACUUGAGGUUGCUGUUCGGCUUGGAGAGCGCUACGUUGGCUCAACCUACAUCAAGAAGUAUUGUGCUCCGAAGGAGGUAAGACAGCAUGUUCUCGAUAUGGCCAAAUCAUUUCCACCUCCUGUGCCUACGGGCUUCAUCCAGAAACAGGUGGAUCAAACGGAUCAAUCCGAUGACAACAAGCCUCGCAGUGAACACUACAGCUUAUAUGACACUCUUGAUCACAAAAAGGUAUACCCAAGCAAAUGGGCAACUUUGAACUUCCAAUAUUAUGCAUCGCCACUGUCUACCUCCCAAAGUCCACGGAGUGAUAGCAAGGACAAGAAGAAGAGUGCCAAAAAGCACACUCAGACCGAGAAGGAGGGUCUCCUUUCGUUCAAUUUAUGCGAAAGCUCCGUUCGAAAAUUGACAUUGGAGCAGAUUUACGACAAAGCUGCUGAGACGUUGCCGGAAUCAUCAUGGUUUAAAGUGUCACUUGCUGCAUUAAACGCUAAGGCCUUCAAUUCAAGGUCUCAUGAUUGCAUGGUACUUCGAGAAAAGUUAAUUCGAAUGAAGUGUGCUUCCGUUGCAUUUACAGCUCUCAUGUCUAGUGCAGAAUUCACUUCAUCAAACUUGUUCGAGGCCGAGCCCUACCUACUCAGCUUCUUGGUUGACUUCAUGGCUCCAGAAAAUUCAUCUACUGUGUCCAGUGAAGUGUUUGUGGCAUCUUUAAAAGCUUUAGAAGCAAUAGCUCACAGAAGACAAUGGGGAAGUGAGCUUAUCAGAAAUUUGGGAGGAAAUGUGAGCCACGGAUUGCUUUACCAGCAAUUGAGACAUAUGAAUAAGCAAAUCAGAGACCAAUCGGAUGUCUGCAAUGAAAGGGCGAAUUUGCUAGUUUUUACACUUAUUGGUCACUUCAUUGACAACAAGUCUCUCGUUUCGAGGCUUGCUUCUGGCGGGAUCCUAAGCGAGCUAAUGAGCUUUCUCAACAUUCACACGAAAUACCGCUGGUCGUGUUCCUCAGCAGUUAACACGAUUGCUCUCCUCUUACGUUCAUCUACUGAGUACAUCUCGGAUUUCAUAAAUCUUGACGGUUUCCGUUUGUUAAUCGAAACGAUCACGUACGAGGUGGAUUUUGCACUCGAACAUCCUGACUUCGCUGGUGGCGCACCCAAGGACGCUGUUGUUUAUUACACUAUUAGUCUCAGGCAAGUGAACUUCCUUAGAAACCUUUUGAGGCUUUCUUCCCAACUUGUUCAAGCAGAUGGGAGUGACCGAAUGAGGAACCUUUUUGACUCCCCCAUUUUGUCAUCAUUCACGAAAGUCAUUGAAAACCCUCAUCUUUUCGGGCCACCAGUGUUAGGUGCCACUUUAGAUGCCGUUUUAUACAUCAUUCACAAUGAGCCAACCGCCUUUUCGAUACUCAACGAGGCAGGUGUCGUUGAAUCAAUUUUGAGCAAUUACGAUAAGCUUUUCAUGCCCUCCAAUGAAUUACAGAUAGCUUUACUUGAAGUGCUCGGUGCAAUCUCCUUGAAUAAGGAAGGGUUGAGACGAGUAAAAGAAAGCGGAGUUCUCAAAGUCUAUUUCAAGUCGUUCUACGACCUCAAAAUUGCUAAGGAGCUAGUGCGUGGUGAUGUUUCGACAAGUAUCGGUGUGUCAAUGGAUGAGCUUGGAAGGCAUUUUCCAGAUCUUAAACCAGAUAUCUUCGAAGAGAUCAAAGACUUGAUUGAUAAAAUGUCCAGCUAUGCCAACCAAUACUUGCAACCUAUUCGGUUCUAUACUUCAGAUUCGCAGGAUGCAUUUUACCAUGAGGGAGAUUCGAGUUCGAAAGAAGUUCAAAAGACUGACGGAGACGAGAUGGAAUGUUGGGAAAAUGCUGAGGGCUCUCCAUUGAUAGACAACUUGUUUGGAUUUUUGGGAGGGCUUCUUCAGGACAGUGGACAAUGGGUGAAGGACAUCACUGAUAAUAUUCCGUUCUCAUCAUGGGCGAGCUACAUAACUCUUGACCUCGCCCCCAUUGAUUACAUCACAUCUAACGGUAUGACAAGUUUGAUGAAUCUUUUGAAGUUCUUGGAGGAUGAAAAGCAAGAUUACGGACUUCCCAAACUCCUUGAGAUGCUUCCAGACCGUUUGAAGUCCACUGAUGUUCAAGAUUUCAUAAAUUCCGGAAGUACUGAACCAUUCCUUGCAGCCCAUCGUGGCGAUGUACCAAGGGCGAACAUGCUCUUGAAAGAACUCAAUGCCAUUAACAACAUACUUUUUAUCUUGAGUGAGAGCUAUCUCCUUCCAAGUAACAUGGUUAACGAGAAGUAUCAGACACUCAUAAAUACCCUUCAGUCAAUGCCCUAUCCAGUCAUUCAGGACUUGACCAGAUUGAUGGGAAGAAGUAUCAUUGAGGAAAUCGUGAUUCGUCAACCUCUUUCAGCAGAUGCGUUGGAGUACACUGCUCCGGUUCUUGAACCUCUCGAAGAUAUUCCUCCCCUCCAGGUGUUCGGAAGGAAGCCGGAGCAAGAUCUCACCUCAGCUACCUGGACGGACCAUAGAAUCAAAAAUUCAUUGCAAUUACGCUUUUUAGCGUAUCGUUUCCAACAUAACAUUGCAUUGAUCUUGUCUAACGUUUCCAGGAGUUGCAUGCAAAAGAGGCAAGAUUUCUUCUCGAUUGAUUGGCGGAGAGGGGCAAUUAUUGAGACCAAGAACUUAGCGAGUCAAUUGGAACAUCUCUUCGAAAGGGGUGAACAAUUGGAUGAGAACCAGAGCACCAACUAUAAUUUGAUCGCUACUAAUCUCAUUUCUUUUAUUGCCCACAGCAAAGACAAGGGGAGAGAGGUUUUUUCAACUGCUUUAGUGCUGUACUUUUUCUUCCACACGAACCUUUUAGAGAAAAUCACGGCACUGGCAAUCAAGACUUUCAAUGUGAUUUUGGGAAGACCCACGGAUGAUAGGCUUCGUGUGAAGGAUGUUGACUACAUCGACAGCUCGUUGGUCUCAAUCGAAAACAAUUUUGUCAAUGAGGUUUUGUCCAUCUUGACGAAGAUAAGUGAACCCAAAUACGUCCCUAAAUUUCCAUAUCACCACUUGUUCUACAAUCGAGGAUACUGCUCCGAAGAGGGUGCGAUCCUGGCUGGUAUCGUCACUCAGGCGGCUUUUCUUGGAUUACAUAUGGUGAAGCAAACAAUUGGCUCGGAAUCUCCACUCACGCGCCAUGGCGAUUACCUUGCGUAUCAAGCAUUCCCGUUACCGAUCUCGCUUCAACUUAUCGACUUACUUAUCAUUGUUUGGAAGGUAAAGCCAGUUGAUGAUUAUUACCCUCUUCAUGAAGACUACGGAAGUCCACCUUUCAAUAUCAUCAAUCAUGUCAUGACUGAGGCUCAACUCUCACAAGAAUUGGCCUUGAAGCAUCUCAGGGCUGUAAAGCUCAUCGAUCCUUUCCCUGGAGCUCCGGAUGACGAUGAUUCAGAGCUCACCGAGGAAAAUAUCGACAAGCUCAAUGAUAUUGACUACGAAGACCUCCUUCAACCAGACCAUUUGCAUUUGGCAAGUGUCAAAUUGCUUGAUGAACAACGGGAUGAUGAAGGCAAGUUCUUCUUUGGUUUGCCGUUAGUCAAGUUCGCAUCUUAUAUUGAUGACAUUGGUCGGGAAGUAGCACUUUUGAUCCAAGAGAACCGGCUCAAUCUCGCUAACCCCAUUGUCGAUCAAAUUGAAAGCCUCCGUCGUGAGGGAAAUGAUCCAUCAUAUCAUUCCAGAUCACUUCUUGUUGACCUUCUUCGUCGAAUGUAUUCUACUAGCAUCUUCCUUGAAGAUGGCUCUUCCAAUCCAGAUCUCAAGAAUGCUUUCACGAAAUUUGUCAACAUUUUUGUUGAGGAUUGUCAACAAACUAAUGAUAUUGCUGAAAAGGACUAUUUCAGCUCGGGCUUGUUGUUCUUACAACCAGUUUUGAGCAAAACGCCGCCCAACACAUUGCCCAAGGUGUUCCAUUUUUUCGAUGAAGUCGACGCCGAGUUGAAGGAUAAACUUUUGCAGACUAUACUUUCACUGGAUACGAAGGGUAACGUUGAGUGCUCUCUGGCCCUUUGCAGAUUGUUGUACCUCUAUGCUACUGAUGAGAAACAGCAUUCGGACAUGACGUCGGAGAGCAUGAAAGAGCUUCAAAAGCUCUUGAUCUUGCUCGUGAGAGUGUGCUUCGAAGACGCUGCAAUACUAGAAAAUGUGUUUUCUUCGGAAAUCGUCAAGUCGUUCAAGAGACAGCCCAACGGCAAGAAGGACUUCAAGCGUUUGUUAGACGAGAAUGUUGAGAUGGUGACCAGAAACCCUUCAUUGUACAUUGAUGUCGCCUCAAGGCUUGUCAGAUUGGAAAAUUUAAAUGGGCGCACCAAUCACACGGAAAGUCUUUUCCUUGUUGACUACUGUGACCCUCCCAAGAAUGAUGAUGAUGUUGAGAUGAAGGAUUCAGAAAACGUACCAGACAUUGGCUCAGAUGGUCUCAUGCACUUCCUUUUAAUUGAGCUCAUGUCAUGUGCAAAAGAGGACUGGGUAACUAGCCCUCCAAAGCCUGCUGAUAAGUCAGGAAGCUCACGUCAAAAGAAAGAGCUCCAGAUAGAUUCACUCAUGAGAAACUCUAAGUUUGCCUACUUGUGCUUUUUGAUACAAAUGAUUACAGAACUUCUCGGCUCCUAUAAGCAUGCAAAGCUUGAAUUUAUUACUUUCUCAAAGAAGGAAGGUUCAGAAGACAGGAAUAGACCCCGGUCAACGUCUCUUAACUUCUUCAUUCACCAACUCAAUCCUAGCUGUGCCAUGCAGACAGCUAGUACUGACGAGUCACAGAGGAGGGAGGCAAUUUCCUCGUUAUCAAAACUUUGUCUUCUUACGCUUGUAUCUACCCCUACUUUGAAGGAUGACCAGUCGCCCGACACAAAGUCUGAGGAUGUUGAUCUCGCCAUUGUGCGCCGCUUUGUCAUGGACAUCAUCUCGAAGGUCAUCAAGGAUAGCUUUGCACCUCGCUACACUCCCGCUUCAGCAUAUGAGAAGUUGUACGAUGUUUUCGACUUAUGCUCCUGCUUGCUUUCCACGAAGUUCCGUGAAAUGUGCUUUCCCCUUUUGAACAAGUCUGCUACCAAGUUAGAUCAAUUCUUCAUUGCUUCCGCAUUCAUCGAGAGACAACUACCAAACCAAAUAGCAGGCGCUAUCGCUGACAUCGAUCUCAACUUCCCAAAUGUGAAUCGGCUUAUCAAGAUUGGAAUGAAACCACUUUCGCAUUUGGCGAAGAUUAAACUCACUUAUGGCGGAUAUUUCGAGAGCAACCAUUCAGAAAAAGAUGAAGAGGAUAUGGUUCCCGAAGACUUGGGUGACCGCGAUGAAACGCCUGAUCUUUUCAGAAACUCUACUUUGGGAAUGUAUGAUGCUGAGUCCGAUUCUGAAGAAGAUUUUUACGAAGAGGGCGAUCCGUUAGAAGUGGUGAUGUCCGGGUCCGAUCUCUCUCAAGAUGACGACGAAGAUACCAGUUCUGGUGAUUCUGGAGAUGAUGAUAUGGAUGAGGAUGAUGUUGACGAUGAAGAAAUGGAUCACGGAGAGUUCGAAGGAUAUGCGAGUGGAGAUAGUGAUGGCGACAUCGAGAUCAUUGAUGAGCUCGACAUUGGGUCGCAUUCGGAAGACUCUGCCAACGAAGAAUCAGAUGGGUCCGAGUUCUAUGGUUUCGAUGAGAAUGAGACAGAUCCAAGUGAAUUUAUUGAUGCUACAGAGGGAGAUUUGGACGAAGAGGAGGAAGAAUACGACGAAGCUGAACUAGAUGGAUGGCUCGACACCUUUGGCCACGGAGAGGAAAGUGACGAAGAAGCUGAAGGAAACCCUCGCCUAGGUACAGUUUUCCCUAUAGAUAACGAGGACGAUGAUUCUGCGAUUGACUUGCGUUCGGAAAUUGACGACAAUGACGGAUCAGAGGAGGAGAGCAUUUUUGAAUCAGAUAUCGAAGAGAUUGGGGGCCGGGAAGCGAACAGUGCGACUCGUGAAUUCAUGACAUCAAUUUUUGAUGUUCUCAGACCGGCUCUCCGCCAGCAAAAUGUCUCUAACAUAUUUGAAGGAUUAGUGAAUGGCCGGUUGCGAAACUCUUUCCAUAUUGGUGAUCACCGUGGCAAUGAAAUUGGAGGUUUCGAUCGUGCUUUUGAGGUCAUUCUCAAUGACAAGCCAAAUAAUGCGCAGAAGGGGUCCCUCAAUCAUGUUUACAUCCGGUCUACCAUUGAACGAUGGCGGAAUGCCCAUGAAAUGUUCUACUCUAAUGGUGUUUUGCAACUCAUGGAACAGGUGAAGUCUGAAAUCUCGAAGAAUAUUCACGAUGAAAGCCUCGAGAUUUUUGAGAAACUCAAUGAAGAACGUGAAAGGAUCAAACGUGAACGUGAAGAGAAGAUAAGAAGACGCCGUGAGGAGUCGAGACUUAAACGCGAAGAAGAGAUGAAACAGCGUGAGAGUGAAAGACUGCAAAAUCCCCCCGAUGAACGUGAUCCUGUCAUGCUCCGCAUAGGUGAUCGGGAGGUUGAUAUAAGUGGAACUGACAUUGACCCAGAGUUCUUCGAAGCUUUACCAGAUGACAUGAGAGAAGAGGUGUUCACCCAACAUAUUCGUGAGCGCAGGGCGAAUGCAAAUACAACAGGCGCCGAAGUUCGUGAAAUCGAUCCUGAUUUCUUGGAGGCUUUGCCAGAUCAAAUCCGGGAGGAGAUUUUACAGCAAGAAGCCAUGGCUCGAAGAUUUUCUAGUGGUCGCCUUGGCUUCUUGGAAGCUGAUGACGAUGAUGAUCCUGCUAGUGACCUUGAGGAUGACGAGGAACAAGAAGGAGAGAGAGAUGGGCCACUUGCGAUGAACAAUGGCACCUCAAUUUACCCGCCCGGGAGAAGGCCUGUUAGUGAAGGUGAUAAGUCUUCAGCCAAAAAGAGAAAGACUUUUUCAACACCACUAAUUGACAAGCUGGGCGUUGCAAGUGUCGUGCGUUUGUUGUUCGUACCGCAGCCAUUCCAGCAGAGAACUCAUAUUUACUCGACUUUAUCUCAGCUCUGCAAUAACAAACAGACGAGGGCAGAAGCGAUGAGUCUCUUGAUUGCAAUUCUCAAUGAUGCCUUGCAUAGCCAGAAAGCCUUGGAGAAGUUAUUUAUUCUGAUCUGCAACAGAGCAAGCAGCAAAAGGGCGCAAGAUGAAGGUGUCAAAAAAUCUGUUCCUGUGGGAGCCACUCCUGUUGUUAUCGGUAUACAGUUGAUUGAGGCUGUUUUCUUUUUGUUGGAUAAGAACAUUCACUCGCGUUACUACCUUUUGACAGAGCAUGAAAAUGUUUUUGUUACUCGUCGUGUUCAAAAGAAAAAGUUGCAAAAUUUAACAACUGAAGAUAAAUACCCUAUCAACUUCUUGUUGAAGCUUCUCGAAAAUCCUUUGCUCAGCGAACAACACAUGUUCAUUGACUUGUUGGCAAGCGUUCUUCAUGUCGGAACAAGGCCUCUUUUGCUCUUGAGAGAAUCCGGGAAACAGCAUCCACCAAUAUCGACGACGUCGAUACCCGCAUCGAAUUUACGUUUAAUCGUGCGUAUUCUCAGUUCCAAUGAGUGCGCUAAUACGACUUUCAGAAGAACGAUUAGUGCAAUGCAAAAUCUUUCCGUGAUGAAGGAUGCGCAGGAGGUGUUCUCCACCGAACUCUCAGCUGGAGCCACAAAGUUGAGUAAGGACAUUGUUCGUGAUCUCAAAUCGUUGACUUCCGAGCUCGAAGAAGGCAUGGUCAACAGCACUGAAAGCAAACAUCUCAGUAAGUUCACGGCCCCAAGUUCCGAUCAAGCCAAACUCUUAAGGAUCCUCACCGCUCUAGACUACAUGUACGAGAACCGGGAGAACGAAAAUACCAAGGAGGGUUUAAAGAAGGAGAAGGCCAUUCAACUUACGGGUCUCUACGAGAAACUUGAGCUAGGAAAGCUUUGGGGUGCUCUCAGUGUAUGCUUGAGGGAUCUUGAGAAUGUACCUUCUUUGCUCAGCAUAGCCACAGCAUUACUUCCGUUGAUUGAAGCACUCAUGGUGGUGUGCAAACACAGUAAAGUGAGGGAUCUUCAAAUGAAGGAUGUUAUGAAGUUUGAAGCGAAGAAAGUGGACUUUACUAAAGAGCCCAUAGAGAGCCUCUUUUUCUCAUUUACUGAUGAGCAUAAAAAGAUCCUCAAUCAAAUGGUGAGAACGAACCCUAAUCUCAUGAGUGGACCUUUUAGCAUGCUUGUUAGAAACCCAAGAGUUUUGGAAUUUGACAACAAGAAAAACUAUUUCGAUAGGCAGCUUCACGAGAAAGCCACCGGUGGUCAAAAGCUCUCCAUUAGUAUUAGAAGGGACCAGGUCUUCUUGGACUCUUACAGGGCUCUCUUCUUCAAGUCGGUCGAAGAAUUCAGAAAAGCUAAAUUGGAAAUCAAUUUCAAGGGAGAAUCUGGUAUAGAUGCUGGUGGUGUCACUAGAGAGUGGUAUCAAGUGUUAUCAAGACAAAUGUUCAACCCUGAUUAUGCGUUGUUCAGUGCCAUUGCGAGCGAUGAAACUACCUUCCAUCCAAACAGAACUUCAUUCGUCAACCCUGAGCACCUUUCCUUCUUCAAAUUCAUCGGUAGAAUUAUUGGAAAAGCUAUUUUUGAUGGAAGUUUCUUGGAUUGCCAUUUCAGCAGAGCAGUCUACAAGAAAAUUUUGGAUCGUCCGAUGUCGCUCAAGGAUAUGGAAACCCUUGAUUUGGAAUAUUUCAAAUCGUUGAUGUGGAUGCUUGACAACGACAUCACUGACAUCAUCACUGAGGAUUUCUCCAUUGAAUCUGAUGAUUAUGGCGAGCACAAGGUAAUUGACUUGGUUCCUAAUGGCAGAAACAUUCCAGUCACCGAGGAAAACAAACAUGAUUACGUUCGUCUAGUCGUGGAAUACAGGUUACAAAAGUCUGUGGAAGAACAGAUGAGUAACUUCAGCAUUGGAUUCCACGAGAUCAUCCCGAAGGACUUGGUGGCAAUUUUUGAUGAACAAGAGCUUGAGCUCUUGAUAAGUGGCUUACCCGACAUUGAUGUUGGCGAUUGGCAGGCGAAUACCACAUACAACAACUAUUCGCCUUCGUCUGAGCAAAUCCAGUGGUUCUGGAGAGCUGUCAAGUCUUUUGAUAAUGAAGAAAGAGCUAAGUUAUUACAAUUUGCGACGGGAACGUCGAAGGUCCCGCUCAAUGGAUUCAAAGAAUUGCAAGGUGCUAAUGGUACCUGUAAGUUCAGUAUUCAUCGGGACUACGGCUCCACUGAAAGACUUCCUUCGUCUCAUACCUGCUUCAAUCAGAUCGACUUACCAGCGUAUGAGGCUUACGAUACAUUAAGAGGGUCGUUGUUACUCGCGAUAACAGAGGGCCAUGAAGGUUUUGGAAUGGCAUAA